GUGACCCCGGCGUGAUGGAACCUCAGCUAUAUCUCAAGUGAGAUAAUUCUUUCGUUUUGAGUACUUCGGUAAUAUCCACAUCUUGGGUAAGCUUUUUCAAUUUCGUUUCGAAUUCGUAAUUCGCUACUUCCGUAAUAUCCAUGUUGGAUAAUCAUCAGUUCGUUUCGCAUUCGUUUACUUCGCAAUCGUAAUCGUUUCAACGUUCGUCGUACGUUGGAAUUCGAAAAUCGCAUCCGUUCGUAAUAUCCACUCCGUGGGUACUCCAGUAAAUCGCAUCCGUUCGUAAUAUCCACAUUACCGUGGGUACUCCUCAGUAACGCUAUUUACCAAUAUCAUGGCGAAUAGACGAACCAUCGAGCAGCUCCGUAAGCUACGAGACAACGUUAUUAUCGUAUUCGACAACACCCGUACCUGGGCAGACAAUCCUCAAACGAGUAAAUCUGCACCAGAGCUCCGACGACGUAUCCGACACCUGGAAGAACAAUUUGGUUUGUUUGCUUCUUAUAAUAACGAUAUUCUUACCACCGAAGGUAACGACACCGAGUCGGAUUGCGCAGUUACAGCUGUAACUGCCGAAUCCAAGUAUUUCGAAAUCGUAUCAAAGUUAGAAACGCUUCUCGAGCAGGCUACACCCGAACCGACCAACGAAGGCUCCGAAUACCGUAGCUGUACCGCAGCCGAUAAUUCAGUUCGGUUACCCAAGUUGAAUCUGCCCAAGUUCUCGAACAAGUCCGAGGAUUGGGCCAGCUUCUUUCAACGGUUCCAGAGUGGCGUCCGUAGCCCUCGUUUAGACGACCUGCACCGUCACGAGCAUCUGCUGUCCUGUCUAACUGGCGAGUCAGCUGACCUCGUUCAGAACAUCCACGUCGAAGCUGGCAGUUAUGCCGUUGUAACCGAAAUCCUAAAACGUCAAUACGAGAACAAGCGCUUGAAUCUUCGCCUUCAUCUCCAGAAACUCUUUGAACUGGGUGAGGUGAAAGAAAACAAUCCUGAAUCGCUCCGUAAACUCGCCAAUACUGCGUUAAUCAGUAUUCGAGCCGUCGAAAACAUGGGCUUCAAACGCGAUGCCCUGUCUAACGAACUUAUUGUCCAGCUCAUUGUUACGAAACUCGAUUCGCGCAGCUGUGAGCUCUGGGAGACGUCCCUCAACAACGAGCAAGCUGUCGAUAACGCCGAACCAGACGUAGACUCAUACAGUGAGCUGAUCAAGUUCCUAGAAAACCGUAUUCGAGUCGUUUCUUCAGUAUUCGUAACCGCAUCGAAGCAGAACGCCGCAGCCAAUACUAGACAACAUCCUCAACGCACGCGUGGCGCCGCCACCUCGUUAGUAACGCAAUCCGCAUCGUCAAACCCGUCUUCAGCGCAAUCUAUGGUUGGCAGCGGUGAUUCAGUCGUGAGAAUCUGUCCGUGUUGUAGCCAGGUUCAUCCACUCUACCAGUGUGACGCCUUCAAACGUCUACCGAUUCAAGAACGCUAUCAGCGGGUUCGUGACGCAAGGCUAUGCGUUAAUUGCUUCCGUGGCGGUCAUUGGGCCAAGGUGUGUCGCUCGAUCAAAUGCAAGCAGUGCGGCAAGGCGCAUCACACGUUGUUACAUCUGCUCGAGUCCAAUAGCGCGCAUCAACCGCCUCCGUCUUUGGCGGCGGCCCCUACGCCACCUUCCGGUACUCCUAGCACUACAAAUCAGACAUCCGAACCUCCGAAACCGACUCAGUCAGUGUCCGCAAAUGCGACAUUUCUAUCCGCAGUGACGCAGCGACAGCUCCGCGAAGUAUUAUUGAGUACCGCAGGUGUCCGCCUCGCCUCUGCGACCCAUCAUAUCAACGCAACUGCUUUGCUUGAUGGCGCUUCGCACGUUACGUUACUCACGAAAGAUAUCGCACAGAAAUUGAACUUGAAGCUCAGUAAAUCGUCGGUAGUGAUCAGUGGCGUUGGUGGAGCGCGGUCUUCAGCCAACUCAACCACCACUAUCAAGCUUACAUCGCGCAACGGUGAAUUCUCCGUCAAUCUACAUGCAAUAGUGGUAGAUUCGAUCACCGAUCCGUUACCAUCAGUAUCAUUUACGCCUCCGCCAGAAUGGGACUUUGCCCAACGCUACCAUCUCGCUGAUCCGCGAUAUCACGAGUCAAAGGUCAUUGACCUACUCAUUGGAGUUGAUCAUUUGUACCAAAUCCUCCAACCGUCAAUGAUUACGCAACCGAAUCGACUAACGCUCAUCUCGUCUCAGCUUGGAUGGCUCCUCGCCAGUCCAUACUCAACGUCAUCGAUUGAACCGAGUGUGCGCUGCCUUCAUGCGAAGUUGACGCAACCAGAAGUGGACUCAAUCACAGAGUUCUUAGGCCUCAACGAGCCACCGCGCGUCAAGGACACCAGGUCAGUUGACGAACUCGAGUGUGAACGAAUAUUCGUUGAGACACACAAACGUGAUCCAGUCUCAGGCCGUUUUAUCGUCAAGCUACCACGACGAUCUAACAAGAUUCUUGGUGAAUCGCGCCAGCUCGCUAUAAACUGUCUGAAACGCACUUGCGUUUCAGAAGAGUACCGUGAAUUCUUACGUGAAUACGAAGCGCUUGGUCAUUUGACACGCUGCACACCUCCACUACCAAACCAGAUUACCUACUACAUCCCACAUCACGCUGUUUACCACAAUGGGAAGAUCCGAGUUGUAUUCGAUGCUUCAAUGAAGACGACAAAUGGCGUCUCAUUGAACGACACACUAUUAGUGGGCCCAACGUUGCAGGCGCCACUAUUCAUCAUCUUUCUCCGCUUCCGAAUUUUCUUAUACGCAUUUACCGCCGAUAUAAUCAAAAUGUACCGCCAGAUGUGGGUACCGGUUGAAGACCGAGACCUUCAGCGCAUCGUUAUCUACGAAAAUGGCGAGAUAAUCGAUUGCCAACUGAAUACCAUCACCUAUGGUACGAGCUCCGCGCCGCAUUCCGCGAUUCGAACGAUUUUCCAACUUGCUGAUGAUGGCGAGUCAGAAUUUCCAGCGGCGGCGGCAGUUCUGCGCAAAAAUACAUACGUCGAUGAUACACUGAGUGGUGCAGACUCGUUGGAAGCUGUGAAAAAGCUCAUCGACGAGCUAGUUGCUUUGUUACGUACUGCUGGCAUGGAGCUAGGCAAAUGGCGCUUCUUCGGUGAGCUGGCAGAUCACUCACCUCUCUGUGGCUCGUCAGCAGGCCGCACUCUUGGAGUAGAAUGGGACUCAGCUGGUGACUUCUUCAGUUUUCCAUCUCUGGCCAACGUCACAGUUCCAGAGAACACCGUAACGAAACGUAUCGCACUCUCGAAAGUAUCCAGCAUCUUUGAUCCGUUGGGAUUUCUCGCACCUCUCGCAAUCACCGGCAAGCUUCUCAUCCAAGAGCUGUGGACAAAUAAUCUGGACUGGGACGAAAACGUCUCCGCCGAUUUCCAACAGCGUUUCGAUCGUUUCCUUAACGAUAUCACCGCAUCCGCCAGCCUACAGUUUCCUCGCUACGUAGGAAACGCCGAAUCCGUUCAUCUUGAGUUGCAUGGGUUUUCAGACGCUAGUAAGGAAGCAUAUGCUGCCUGUAUCUACGCUCGCAUUCUCAAGGAGAAUGCGCCACCAGUUGUGCGGCUGAUUGCGUCAAAAACGCGCGUCGCUCCGCAACGCCAACCACGUACGAUUCCGGAGUUGGAGCUCUGCGCUGCUGCACUCCUGACCGAACUUUUCGAACCAGUUAUUACAACCCUAGGUUGUAACCGAGAUCGCUGUUAUGCCUACACCGAUUCGACCAUCGUGUUGGCGUACCUUGCCAAAGAACCAGGUCAUUGGACCCAAUUUGUCGCGAAUCGAGUGAAGAAUAUCGUCCGCACAUUUCCAGCUGAAAAAUGGCGACAUGUUGCAGGCGAAAUCAAUCCAGCCGACUUGGCCACACGCCAAAAAUCGUUUACCGAACUCGAAUCACGUUUUGAUCUCUGGCUCCAUGGUCCAGAGUUCCUUCACGAGUUGAAGAUACCACCGAAUCAUCUCUCACGCGAAUUUGGAGAAGAGAUUUUCCAGGCGACUCUCAUAUAUGUUCAUGUGAACACAGUGCUGGAUGAAAUACCUCCCCAAUACGCAGAUUUCGCCAGAUACGUCAUUAACCAGUACUCGGACCUCAGUAAAGUCCUGAGUAUCAUCACCGCUUGGCUCCGCAUCAAGGACUUCUUCCUCUCACGAGUCAGAAAAACGCCGCCUCCGAGCGGAAGUUUCUCUGCUGCUGAACAUCGACGCGCCGAACUUGAAUUGGCCCUGAAAGCUCAGCAUGAGACCUACCCAAAGGAAUUUGACAAGCUGAACACCAAGCGACCGCUUCCAAGUCGCAGUCGACUCACAUCACUGUCUCCCUUUCUCGAGAAGGGACUUAUACGCGUUGGUGGCCGCAUCGAACGUGCGGACCUACCAUACCAUCAACGUCAUCCAGUAAUCAUUCCGGCAAACCAUCGAUUCACGCAUUUGCUGAUUCGAGAUUGCCAUCGCCGAUUUGCACAUGCCGGACCCCAGUUCAUCACCGCUUAUCUACGCCGCAGAUACUGGCUCAUCGGUAACCUGAAUGCUCAAAUUCAGCAGGUUAUACGUACCUGCGCCAAAUGCGCACGAUUUCGUCGAAACGCUCACCGAAAUCCGCCGAUGGCCGAUUUGCCAGCUGACAGAGUUCGCCCAUCACCGCCAUUUUCCAUCGUUGGUGUCGACUACGCCAGCCCAUUUAAUCGCAAAUCAGAGAUUCGCUCACGAAGCACUAUCAAACUGAAGUCAUACGUCGCCGUGUUCGUAUGCUUUAGCACUCGAGCUGUUCACCUUGAGGUGGUCCUGGACCUCACAACAGCAGCGUUUCUCGCCGCAUUGAAACGUUUUGCAGCACGCCGUGGCUGCCCUCUAACCAUCUACUCGGAUAACGGCACCAAUUUCACCAGCGCCGCCAACGAAUUGAAUGACAAGUUCAACGAACUUGCCAAAUCCACCGAGAUACAAAAAUUCUCAUCACCAGCUCCGAUCGAAUGGCGCUUCAACCCCCCUGCUGCGCAGCACAUGGGUGGAUUAUGGGAAGCUGCCGUACGCAUUAUGAAGAAUCACCUGUACAAAACGAUCGGUGACACAGCACUCACCACCGACGAAUUUGGUACUCUUCUGUGCCACAUCGAAUCGAUUAUGAAUUCGCGCCCGAUUGUACCGCUGCGCGAUCCAGCCUCCAGCUUCGAUGCCCUGACACCUGGGCAUUUUCUAAUCGGACGUCCGCUUGUAGCUGUCUCAGAUGACACAUCCAACAGCGACGUCUCCCACUACCGAACGCGCUGGGACCUUGUAACCCAACUGCGCAACGCUAUUUGGCGACGUUGGAAGCCAGAAGUCCUAACCUCCCUGCAGAAACGGGUCAAAUGGACUGCUUCAACUCGUCAGUUCGAGAUUAACGACAUUGUAAUCCUCAGCAAAGAGGAGACCGCACCUUUGCAGUGGCCAUUAGGCCGAAUCAUUCGUACGUAUCCAGAUAGUCAAGGUACAGUGCGCUCCGUCGACGUCAUUUGCCGUAACGGCACUGUUUUGAAGCGCCCUGUCCAUAAUCUGAUACCGCUCAUCGACGUAGAUGAAGUUUCGACGCCGGAUGGUACCAGCGCCGACGGCGGCGGGAUGUAAACGAGUAUUUUGCAUCAAGUAAAAAUAAGCAAAAUUUGGGUCGCGUUUCGAUCGCGUAAUUACGGCGUCAUUACGCCUCUGUUUAUGUACGUUUUCGGAUAUACGCGGCUAUCGUUUGUUUAGACGUUUGUUGUCUUUUUUCUCAACGAAUUCGUAGCUUUUUGAAAACAUUAUCCGUUAUUCUGUCGUUAUGAAACAUUCUCCGUUUUUAUUACGCGAAAAUUAUAUCGAAUUAUGUUGAAUAAAUGUCAGAAAUGAAAUUUGCGUUUAUUCAUCCUACACCUACCCUGAGGGAAACGAGUUGUUCUAAUCAAUAUCUAUUGGCUAUCUCCAGCACGAAUUCCAACAAUUGCCCCACUAAGGGCAACUCAUUUAUACAACUAUGCUGAGCAAUUGGAAUGGAAAUACAAAAUAUAACCGUGUUACGAGUACCUACACAUACCGCGGGCUACUUGAUGAGCAAAAGCGGAAACGUUGACAAACUUUCCAUUUCGAUGAAAAAAGGAAGUGAUGCCUAAAUUCCGUCUAUACGUGUAUUCCGCACCUGCCCAAGUGCAGCUAAUUAAUUUUUCGUGAAAUUAUAACCACAAACGAGUAUUUCUAUACGAUGCUAGUGUUGAACUCGACGACCUUCGUCGGAGAAAAUAAUUAAAAGCGCUCCAAAUUUAAUAUUCAUAUUGUUAUAAUGUUACAAAGUUGACUUUAUAUGAAUAAAAUUUGAAAUGUGUUACAGUCGGUUGUCAACGAAGUGUUAAAUUGAUAUACGAGUAUUUCUAACUUUAUAAAAAUAAAUGCUGCAUUCGUGUGUU